AUGAAUAGAAGUACAACGAAGAAGCUGAAAUAUUUAAAAUUUCCAUUUUCAACUUGUAAUCAUGAUCAUUUGAAAGAUUCAAACAAUUUGAUAACUCAUGGUUUAAACCUUACUAUUCAAUUAGGUAUAUUAAAUUUGGAUGAUUUCGAAUUGGCAAAUAAUGGGAAAGACAACAUCUUAACUAAAGAAACUAAAUCUAAGACUUCAAUUUGCAGCAAUCGGGAAUAUUUACAUAAUGAAGAAUCAUCAGAAGAUGAUUAUGAAACAGAUGAUGAGGAAAGUUUAAUGGAUUAUGAACAUGAACCACCGAGUCCUAUAUUAAUUCCUACAGAUUUACCAAAAUCAUCGUUAAGGAGGGGUAGUUUAACAAGAAGAAUUUCUGAAGAUGCAGGAUACUGUGCAUCUUUAAGUAUAUGUCAUAACAAAAUUGAAAAUAUGAUCAAUGAAUAUUUCCCGAGAGAUGUAGUAAAUGAUGAAAAAACAUAUAUUGAAAUUAAAAAUUAUAUUAUUAAUUCAAUUAUUCAAAAUGAAAAAAAUAUUGAUAAAUUUUUAGGUAAAAUUAUAAAUCAUAAAUUUAAAAAUGAAUUAUCAGAUAUUAUAAGAUCAAUAUUUAUUGAAAAAUAUGUUGAAAUAAAAUUAGAAAAUUUAAUUGAUUUUUUUUAUAAUUUUUUAAAUUUAAAUCAAAUAAUGUUUAAAAAAUUUGAAACUUUACAAAAUCCAAAUCUUUAUGAUAAAUAUUAUAAAAUUUGGAAAUUAGAUAAAAACGAUUUUAAAUUUUAUGAAGAAGAAUACUUUUUGGAAUAUUUUCAUAAUUCUGGUAAAUCAAUUACUACAAUUGAACAUAUAAUGUUACAAAAUGGAUUUUUAAUAAAUUAUAGAAGAUUUGUUCAAUAUUUUACAAAAGAUUUUCCAAAUUAUUAUGAUGAUGAAGAAAUAGAGGAUGAUGAAGAAGAAAAAGAAGAAACAAAACACAAACAAUCAAAUUAUACAUAUACACUGCUUUCAAACUAUGAUGCAUUAUCAAGAAAUAAUAGUAUUGAUUCAAAUUUACUGUUAGAUUCAUUAACUUAUACUCCAAAAUGUUUAAGAUUCAAUGAAGAAAUUAAUGUUAUAAAUAUUAAUAGGUAUUUACCUGUUGAUCAAGUAUUAUAUGAAAAAUUUUUAAAAAGUUAUAACCAAAAUAGUUGA